AUGUCUACGGUCACGAAUUCCUCACCCCUGACCUUUGACCUCAAAGCACGCUGCUCGACCUCUAAGGCUCGUGCCUCGACACUCCAUCUCCCUCAUGGCCCUGUCGACCUUCCCAUCUUCAUGCCCGUGGCCACCCAGGCGUCCCUAAAAGGGUUGACUCCUGAACAACUUGAAGAGACUGGCUGUAGGUUAUGUUUGAACAAUACAUAUCAUCUGGGAUUGAAGCCGGGACAGUCCGUAUUGGACACGGUUGGGGGGGCCCAUAAAUUACAAGCAUGGAACUACAAUAUCCUGACGGACAGUGGUGGUUUCCAAAUGGUCUCCUUGCUCAAAUUAGCAAAGAUUACAGAAGAGGGAGUGCGUUUCCUAAGCCCACAUGAUGGCAGCCCGAUGCUACUCACACCAGAGCAUUCGAUGUCCCUCCAAAAUUCCAUUGGAUCCGAUAUCAUGAUGCAAUUGGACGAUGUCAUCCAGACAACGUCUCCUGAUCAUGCUAGGAUGGAAGAAGCCAUGCAUCGAUCAAUCAGAUGGCUGGACCGAUGCAUUGCCGCCCACAAGUAUCCGGAAAAGCAAAAUCUCUUUUGUAUUAUCCAAGGCGGUCUCGAUCUCGAGAUGCGGAGAGAAUGCUGUGUUGAAAUGGUCAAGAGAGACACUCCCGGAAUAGCCAUUGGCGGUCUCUCUGGUGGAGAGGCCAAGGCAGACUUUUGCAAAGUCAUCAGUGCGUGCACGGAGCUGCUACCUGAGCAUAAACCCAGGUAUGUCAUGGGUAUUGGCUACCCCGAAGACAUUGUUGUCGCCGUGGCUCUCGGGGCUGACAUGUUUGACUGCGUAUGGCCUACGAGGACGGCACGAUUUGGCAAUGCGAUCACAUCCCACGGCGUCUUGAAUCUCAAACAUGCCCGCUACGCAGAGGACUUUGGCCCUGUCGAAGACGACUGCACAUGCACAGCCUGCCGACCGAAGGAGAACGGUGGCUUGGGCAUCACUAGAGCGUACAUCUACCAUCUUGCCGCCAAAGAGACGGUUGGGGCCCAUCUGCUCACGACGCACAACGUCCACCACCUGCUCUCCCUGAUGCGUCGAGCUAGGAACGCCAUCCUGGAAGAUCGGUACCCGGUGUUCGCGAGAGAGUUCUUUGCAAGUUAUUUCCACGACACCGCCGUACCGGAUUGGGCGGUUGAUGCCCUCAGAGGGGUUGGGAUUGAGAUCUCAUAG